AUGAAAGAAACUAUCAGGAACCAGGAGAAACUCACCAAACUGCAGGCACAAGUGCGCAUUGGUGGGAAAGGAACUGCUCACAGAAAGAAGAAGGUGGUUCAUAGAACAGCCCCAGCAGAUGACAAAAAACUUCAGUUCUCUUUAAAGAAGUUAGGGGUAAACAAUAUCUCUGGUACUGAAGAGGUGAAUAAGUUCACAAAUCAAGGAAGAGUGAUUCACUUUAACAACCCUAAAGUUCAGGCAUCUCUGGCAGCAAACACUUUCACCAUUACAGGCCACGCUGAGACAAAGCAACUGACUGAAAUGCUCCCCAGCAUCUUUUUUUUUUUAUUAAACCAGCUUGGUGCCGACAGUCUGACCAGUUUAAGGAAACUGGCUGAAGCUGUGCCCAAACAAUCUGUGGAUGGAAAAGCACCACUUGCCACUGGAGAGGAGGAUGAUGAUGAAGUUCCAGAUCUUGUGGAGAAUUUUGAUGAGGCUUCCAAGAAUGAAGCAGACUGAAUUUAGUUAACUUCUGAAGAAGACAAAUCUUGAAGAAGUUACUGGGAGCUGCUAUUUUAUAUUAUGACUGCUUUUUAAAAUUUUGUUUAUGGAUCUGAUAAAAUUUAGGUCUCUAAUAUUUUUAAGCCUAAGCCCCUGGACACUGCAGCUCUUUUCAGUUUUUGCUUAUAUACAAUUCAUUCUUUGCAGCUAAUGAAGCUGAAGAAUCCUAAGAAUAAAGUUUGAGACAAA